AUGAGCGACACGGACGCCUCGUCCGGCACGGUCGUCGUGCCCAAGCAUAUUCUGCAGAACGUGGUCGAUGGCACCAAGACGCUGCUGAGCGAGAAGCGCGUGUUGCACCAAAAGCUCGAUGAAAUGAACCACCGCGUCUUUACGCUCGAGCGGCAGCUUGCAGAUCAGCAGCUCAAGGUCGAGACGAUGCAGCAGCAGCAGUCCAAGAGCCCGACCGGUGCCAACGCCAACCGGUUCAAGCACCUCACGCUCCAAGUCAUCAAGGACAAGCAACGCAAUGAAAAGAUCAGUGCGGCCAAAGACUUGGACGCGCGACCGCCCACGACCACCAAGAAGGACGAAGAGAUCCACAAGCUCAAGAUGAAAACGUCCGAGCUCGAGUCGUUGCUGCAGGCCACGCGCGCAAUUACGCACCAGACAGCGCACCGCGACGUCGUGGUCUCGACGCUCAACGCAGCGCGCAACCUCGUGGCCGCGCGACGCUACUCGCUCGCGCUUGUUAAUGAAACCAGCACGCACAUGACGGUCUACUCGAUGACGGUCGUCACGGCCGACGAGCUCAGCUUUGAACUGACCAAGAAACCACCGCUUCUCGAAGACGAAGGAUCGAUGCUGAUCGACGACGCGACGACGUUUGGGCACGUCCUUUUGACCGAUACGCCCUUGGAUUCGAUGCAAGUCGCAGUGUCGGGCAAGUUUGAGACCCAAAUGGAAGAACUCGAUUUUUCACCGCACUCGCUCUUGUGUAUUCCGAUCCACAAUGCCCAUAGCACCCAUGUAGGCGCGCUGCAAGUCAUUACCCAGCGCCAACACGCCGACGAGUACCGUCAAAACCAAGUGUUUACGUCCCUCGACAAGGAGCGUCUCGAACACCUCUGCGUCAUGUCGGGCUCGGCCGUCUGGAACCUCAAGCUCUCGAAAGAGCGCCAGACGGCGCAAUCGCGCAUUGAGAUUCUGCUCAAACUCAAUCGCAGCAUCUCGGUCGAGGGCAACCCCGUGCGUGUCUUGGAGAAGAUCAUGGAUGUGUCGUACGAGCUCUUGCACGUCGAGCGCAUUUGCCUCUUCUUGCGCAUCCAAGGCGAGAACGACUUGUACAUUUUGCAUGCGAGUGACGAAGCCAAGGGCAACUACGUCUCGAUGGACUGUGGCAUUGCAGGCCUUGUCGCGCGCACGGGUCAAGUGGUGACGACCAACGAUGCGCAAAAGCACCCGUGCUUUGACAAAGAAAUGGACGUCAAGACAGGGUUUACCACGAAGAAGCUCUUGUGCGUCCCGGUCAAAGACCCGGACGGCAACAUCCUCGCGGUCGUCGAGGCCAUCAACAAGCAAGACGGCACCGACUUUACGAUCGAAGACACGCUUUUUCUAAGCUACAUUGCCGAGGCGGCCGGCAUUUCGCUGCACAAAUCGUACCUCCACAACGAAGUCAUGAUUUCCAAAAAACUGGCCGAAAUUCGCUUGACGCUCUCCGAGUUUAUCACGCAACAAACCGACAUUCACCGGUUGACGGACCUCAUCACAGCGCAAGGCAAGACCAUCAUGGAAUGCGAUCGGUUUGGUUUUUUGCUCGUGGACCAUCUCAAAAAUGAGCUCUGGAUCACGUCGACCAAUCAAGCCAAUGGUGAAGAAAUCACGGUGCGGCAGCCCAUCUACAAGGGCAUUUCGGGUCUUGUGGCAACGACCGGGGACACAGUGUGCACGCGCGACGCAUACACGCACAACCUGUUCGACCCUACACACGACACGAUGACGGGGUAUCGCACCCAGAGCGUGCUGUGCAUGCCUGUGUUUGAAGAGAACGUCCCGACCAACCCCAAGGUCGUCGCGGUGGCCAUGUGCAUCAACAAGCUCCAGGGAUCCCACGUAAUUGCAUUUACGAGCGAAGACCGCAACACAAUGGGGCGCUUUUGCAAAGAAAUUCAGUACGCGCUCGGCAAGUUGUCGCUUGAAGUGUGCUACUACAAGGUCGUCAGCGACAAGCACGCGAGUGGCAGCGACGAGGUGACCGAAGCCGGCAUCAUUUCGAGUCUGCUUCAAAAGUACAGUCGCCGCACCUCGGGUGCCAACACGACCAAGUACGACGGCGGUGCUACCGAGUCGCAGCAGUCGGAUGCCUUUGGACGCGAUGUGCUCGUGCCGUCGCGACCAGAGCUCGACGCGUGGGACCUUGACAUUCUCUCGUUUAGCUUUAGCGAGGUCAUGGUGUCGGCGCAAACGCUCUUCCGUGCCUACGGCUUUGUGGACCAGUAUAACGUUGCACCCGAGAAGCUCCAAGCCUUUGUCGCGAGCGUCGCGCAACACUACCGCACAAACCCAUACCACAACUUUUACCAUGGUUUUCAAGUCAUGCACGCGGCGCACAUGCAGAUCAAGCUCUUUGCCCGCAAGCUCUUGCCGAGCCUGGAUAUUUUCUCGCUCCUCAUCGCUGCACUUUGCCACGACGUGGACCACCCGGGCAACAACAACGACUUUGAAGUCAAGUGCGUGAGCUCGAUUGCGCUCACUCACAACGACGACGCAGUGCUUGAGCGGCACCACUGCCGCGUCACGUUUAUCAUCUUGAACGCCCCGUCCACCAACAUUUUGGACAAGUUGUCGUCGGAUGCGUUUCGGCAAGUGCGCCGCAACAUCAUCCGCUGCAUCAUGGCGACCGAUAUGACGAACCAUUUUGCGCAAGUCAAGACCAUGGAGAACAUGCCGCGUAGCCAGUGGACCGACCACUCGAACCGGGCGUUUCUGAUGGAGUCCAUUGUGCACAGCUGCGAUCUCAGCGCCCAAGCUCUUCCGUUCAAGCUCGCGACCAAGUGGGGCGAGCGGGCGUUAGAUGAGUUUCAGAACCAAGCGAAAGAAGAGACCGACUUGCAGCUCUCAAUUGCUCCCUUCAUGGAGAACCUCGAGUCCAAAGCCACGCGCUACAACGUCCAAGUCAACUUUGUCUGCUACGUGCUCCAGCCCAUGUGGCAGGCCCUAGCGUCCCUCGCACCACCGCUGCAGCUCUACACGGAGACGCUCGCGACCAAUUUGGAGCAGUACCGCGCCGAGCUUGCCGAGCUCACCCGGCAGCAGACAAGCUCCUAGGUUCAAUUCCUCGCUUUUUCCAUCAAUCUAUAUAAUUUUCAAUGUA